CCCUUGGACCACUCUUCGAAGGGAGCGCGUGCUGCCCCAUCCCAUCCCCGCCGCGCGAGCCAGAGACGCGCGCCCGUUGCCUCCAGCCGAGGAGCCGCGUCUUCCUUCAGCAGGGAUUUACAAUUCGCGCCUGAGGUGGACAAGACUUAUUUCUCAAUUCUUUCCCGCCCUGGGAGAGCUGAGGAAGAGGACGACGAUGGCAGGAGCAGCAGCAGCAGCGCCUAAGGGGACCCUCGUCCGCCUUUUCUGCGUCACCUGGGGACUCCUUUUCCCAAUGCUUUCCUGGGCUCCUCAGGCUGGUGGAGAGCAGAAUCAAGGAGCUGUUUUUCUACGUGAGUUUACAUUAAUAAGGAGAGAGAGCCUCAAUGAAGAUUUCCUUUCGGAUUUACUGAAUAACCACAAAAUUGAAGAUACGAGUUCUCGAACUGCUCGAUCGGAGGAAGAUCGUGAUACCCUCUGGGAUGCUUGGGGUUCGUGGAGCGAAUGUUCCCGUACAUGUGGAGGAGGUGCUUCUUACUCCCUGAGACGCUGCUUGAGCAGCAAGAGCUGUGAAGGACGAAAUAUCAGAUACAGAACAUGCAGCAAUGUGGAUUGCCCUCCAGAAGCUGGAGAUUUCCGUACGCAGCAGUGUUCGGCACACAAUGAUGUCAGGUACCAGGGACAAUUGUAUGAAUGGCUCCCUGUCUCUAAUGAUCCUGACAACCCAUGUUCACUAAAGUGUCAAGCCAAAGGGACAAGUCUUGUUGUGGAACUGGCACCUAAAGUCCUGGAUGGGACCCGAUGUUACACUGAAUCACUAGACAUGUGCAUUAGUGGCUUGUGCCAGAUUGUUGGCUGUGAUCACCAGCUGGGAAGCACUGUGAAGGAAGACAACUGUGGGGUCUGCAGCGGAGAUGGUUCCACCUGCCGUCUUGUUCGAGGCCAAUAUAAAUCUCAGCUCUUGGCAAACAAACUGGAUGACACUGUGGUUGCUAUUCCCUACGGAAGUCGGCAUGUACGCCUUGUGCUGAAAGGCCCUGAUCACUUAUCUUUAGAAACCAAGACUCUACAAGGCGUAAAAGGUGAAAACAGCCUCAGCUCCACAGGUUCUUUCCUUGUGGAUAACUCUAGUGUUGACUUCCAGAAGUUUCCAGACAAAGAAAUCUUGAGAAUGCCUGGCCCUCUCUCUGCAGAUUUUACUGUCAAGAUUCAUUACGUCGGUGCUGCUGACAGUUCAGUUCAGUUUAUUUUCUAUCAGCCAAUUAUUCACCGAUGGAGAGAAACUGAUUUCUUUCCAUGUUCUGCUUCCUGUGGUGGAGGUUACCAGCUGACCUCUGCAGAAUGCUAUGAUCUGAGAAGCAACAGAGUGGUGGCCGAUCAGUAUUGCCACUACUAUCCUGAAAACAUCAAGCCAAAGCCAAAACUUCAGGAAUGCAACUUGGAUCCUUGUCCUGCAAGUGAUGGAUACAAGCAGAUCAUGCCUUAUGACCUCUACCAUCCUCUUCCCCGGUGGGAAAGCACUCCAUGGACUGCUUGUUCUUCCUCUUGUGGGGGAGGCAUCCAGAGCCGGACAGUCUCUUGUGUGGAGGAAGAUAUCCAGGGGCUUAUCAGUUCUGUGGAAGAGUGGAAGUGCAUGUACACUCCCAAGAUGCCCAUCGUCCAGCCCUGUAACAUCUUUGAUUGUCCCAAGUGGUUGGCUCAGGAGUGGUCACCGUGCACAGUGACGUGUGGCCAAGGCCUGAGGUACCGAGUGGUUCUCUGCAUUGAUCACAGAGGAAUGCAUACAGGUGGCUGCAGUCCUAAAACAAAGCCUCACAUUAAAGAAGAGUGCAUCAUUCCUACGCCGUGCUACAAGCCGAAAGAAAAACUCCCUGUUGAAGCAAAACUACCAUGGUACAAGCAAGCACAGGAAUUAGAAGAAGGAACCAUGGUAUCGGAAGAACCAACGUUUAUUCCUGAAUCCUGGUCUGCCUGCAGUGUGACCUGUGGUGUGGGAAUCCAAGUGCGUUUGGUGAAGUGCCAAGUGCUGCUGUCUUUCUCCCAAUCUGUGGCAGAUUUGCCCACUGAUGAAUGUGAAGGGCCUAAACCAGCCUCUGAACGAGCAUGUUAUGGUGGCCCUUGCAAUGGAGACACUGGUGAAUACAGUCCAGAAGAAACAGAUCUUUUCUAUGGUGGUUCUCAAGAUUUCGACGAACUCUAUGACUGGGAGUACGAAGGGUUCACAGAGUGCUCUGAGUCUUGCGGCGGAGGUGUCCAAGAGGCAGUGGUGACUUGCCUGAAUAAACAGACCAGAGAGUUUGCAGAUGACAAUUUGUGUGUCAGCAGCCGGCGUCCCCCACAGUUGCUGAAAGCCUGUAACUUGGAGCCUUGUCCCCCAAGGUGGGAAGUGGGAAAGUGGAGCUCCUGCAGCCUCACUUGUGGUGUCGGACUGCAGACCCGGGACAUCUUCUGUUCUCAUCUCCUUUCAAGAGAAACAAACGAGACAGUGAUUUUGGCAGAUGAGUUGUGUCACAAACCCAAACCCAUCAUGUUACAAGCCUGCAAUCGUUUUGACUGUCCCCCAUCCUGGUACCUUUCAGAUUGGCAACAGUGUUCACAGACCUGCGGGGGUGGCACCGAAAAGCGGGAAGUACUCUGCAAGCAACGCAUGGCCGAUGGAAGUUUCCUAGAGCUUCCAGAUACAUUCUGUUCCACUUUGAGGCCAGUCUCCCAGCAAGCCUGCCAAAAUGAAGACUGCCCUUCUGAAUGGCUUCUCUCAGACUGGACACAGUGUUCAGUGAGUUGUGGUGAGGGAACCCAGACACGAAAUGCUAUUUGCAGGAAAGUUCUAAGCACCGGACUUUCUUCCAUCAUCAACUCAUCAUUCUGCCCACCUUUGCUAUUCUCAUCUUUGGUCAGACCAUGUGUACUAGGGACCUGUACAAGACACCAGAGACCUGCUCACAAGCAACCUCCUAUGAUAAUGGCUCAAAAGAAAGUUUUUAUCCAAACAAGGAAGCAGAAAAAGUUGCACUUUAUUGUUGGUGGGUAUGCCUACCUACUCCCCAAAACCUCUGUUGUUCUUCGGUGUCCUGUGAGAAGGUUCCGGAAACCAAUGAUCACUUGGGAGAAAGAUGGCAAACGACUCAUCAGCUCAGUUCAUGUUACAAUUGCUCCUUAUGGAUACAUGAAAAUUCACCGGUUGAAGCCCUCAGAUACAGGAACAUAUACUUGUACUGCAGGGCCGGCUCAGGAACAUUUUGUGAUUAAAUUAAUAGGGAGCCACAAUAAACGUAUUACCACCCUCUCUGCUGGGAUCAAGGAGGAAGAAGCCACAAGGAAGGCCAGUUUGAAUGAAGCCUUCAAUACCCAGGAGAAACAUCAGAAUAGUAUUCUCUUCAAUGGAAGCAAAACUGAGAAACGAGGGCUCCUUACCGAUCCCAGCAACCGGUAUGAUGAUAUUGUCUCAAGACUUCUGGAGUACAGAGGCUGGUCCCGUGAUAACGCAGAGCCUUGGGAAGUUCAAGACUCUACAGAAAGAAACAUCUCUUCAGAAGAAGACCAGGGCCAUGAGUACAACCUUCCUUUCACUAUGGUCGCCAGCCAGAAUCGUUUGGAUGACAUCCUAAGAAACCUGUCUCAGCAGCCUGAGGAAUUUAAGGACAUCUAUAGCAAGCAACUUGUUGCACAGUUGGCCCAUGAAAUUUUUAAGAGCCACUUGGAACACCAAGAAUCGCUUUUCAAAACCCAAGGAAGUAGAGUUAGUUCUGCCUCAGUGGAGUUCCCAUUUAGCAAGGAUUUUUCUGAGUUCAGUGCCUUGAGAACAUCUUCAGCAGAAGCACACAUGUCUCUGGAACUCACAAAUAGCUCCCGUGGGUCCCAUAGAAAACCUGCAAUUCUGAAGAAGAUAUCUGCAGCACAGCAGCUCUCAGCAUCUGAAGUUGUCACACACUUAGGACAUACUGUAGUUUUGGCCAGUGGGACAUUAAGUGUACUUCUUCACUGUGAAGCUGUUGGGAAUCCAAAACCUGCCAUUACCUGGGCAAAGAAUGGAGAAGUAAUACAGUACAGUGAAAGGAUACUUCUUCAGACAGAUGACUCCUUGCAAAUCCUGGAACCAGUUGAAGCUGAUGUAGGCUUCUAUACAUGCAAUGCAACAAAUGUGUUGGGAUCCGACUCAGUUUCCAUUGCCGUCACAUUAGCAGGGAAACCAUUGAUAAAGACAUCACGGACCACCAUAAUCAACAAAGACUUCCCUGCCAUCACAGUUGAUAUUGGAACUACAGUGAAAACAAUUCCAGGAACAAAUGUGACCAUUAUCUGUCAGGUUGCAGGUGUGCCUGAAGCAGAACUCACUUGGUUUAAGAAUAAUACCAAGCUGGCCUCUGGCCGUCACCUGCAUGAUGGGUCACUGCAGAUUGCAAAUGUCUCCUUUUCCGAUCAAGGGUUGUACUCCUGUAGGGCAGCCAAUAUCCGUGGGGAGAUGACUGAAAGCACGCAGUUGCUGAUUCUGGAUCCACCACAACUUCCUCCUCGAUUGGAAGACAUGGCAGCCACUUUGUCUAUCACCUGGCCAGGCAUACCUUCUGUAAUAACAUCUCCUUCAGGGACCAGGAAAGUGUUUAGCCCUGGGAGUUCUGUGCUCAUAGGCUGCCCAGUCAACGGCCAUCCGACUCCUAACAUCACCUGGUUUUAUGCUGGUCAGCCCAUCACUGCACCUCAUCGUGUGCUGGCCUCUGGUCAGAUUCUUCAGAUACUGAAUAUCAGCAGUGAGGAUCAAGGAGAAAUCAGUUGCAUGGCUCAGAAUGAGGCAGGAUUGUUUGUACAAAAAACAUAUCUGGAGAUCCAAGAUUAUUGGUGGUCAGUGGAUAAGAUGUCACCUUGUUCAGCUUCUUGUGGUAACAAGGGCCUACAGUAUCAUCAACUGAGAUGCUUAUUAGGUGGAGAACCAGUCAACACAUCCCAUUGUGUGGGCAAGUCCAAACCUGCUCUGCCACCAGUUGCUUGUAACAGAAGAGACUGCCCUUCAAGGUGGAUGGUGACGUCAUGGUCUUAUUGUACACAAAGUUGUGGUGGAGGCAUCCAGACCCGCCGAGUGACAUGUCAGAAACUAACAGCUACAGGCAAUUCAGUUCCCAUGUCAAGUGACGUAUGUGCUCACAUUGCCAAGCGCCCAGUGGAUACUCAGAGCUGUAACAGACAGUUGUGUGUGGAGUGGGCAACCUCCGCCUGGGGACAGUGUAAUGGACCGUGUAUUGGCUCUCGGUUGGCAGUGCAGCACAGGCAGGUUUUCUGCCAAACCAGGGAUGGGAUAUCCGUGCCUUCUGACCAGUGCGGUUCUCUUCCAAGGCCUUUAAGCACUCAGAAUUGCUGGACAGACGCUUGUGGUGUACACUGGAGGGUCAGCUUAUGGACACUGUGUACUGCUACUUGUGGCAGCUACGGUUUCCAAUCCAGACGAGUGGAGUGCGUGCGUGUCCGCACCAACAAAACAGUACCAGAGCACCUCUGUGCCUGGAGAGCAAGGCCAGCUAACUGGCAACGCUGCAACAUCACCCCAUGUGAAAACAAUGAGUGCAGAGACACCACCAGGUACUGUGAGAAGGUAAAGCAGCUAAAGCUCUGCCAACUCUCACAGUUCAAAUCACGCUGCUGUGGGACAUGUGGAAAAGCAUGAAGGUGGCAGCGAAAGAAAAAGAUGGAUUGGGCACUCCACCUGCCUUGCUCUGCUUUUGUUAUUUGAGAAGGGCUUCUUGAGAAAAGGAAAAUUGGAAUAGAAUUGCCUUGUUUUAUUUAUUUAUUUUUCCCUUUCUCUUUUUUUCUUUUGCUUUUUAAGAAAUCCCUUUUAAUGGAGUAAAUCCCUUUUUUUUUUAAAGAAAGACCUUGACAAGGUUUCCCUUCUAAUGAGGUUGGGAGACAAGAAAUGCAGCGAGUCACAGUUCGUUCUCAGGCUGGAGACCAAAAUAAAGAAAUGGAGAGAUGAAGCAGUAGGAUUCCCUGGAAGACUUCACAGUUAGUCUUGACGGACCCAACAAACAUGCAGGAGCACAUGGACUCCAAGUGUUAGACUACAUUAUCAGUGUUUGAAUCAGGCUACGACUUUACAAACCACUUUCACAAUUAUUAAGAUGAGAAAAGGGAGUUGUGUGAUUGAAAAAUGUGGUUACCUUGCAAAUAUCAUGAGAAAGCUUGCAAGCAUGAUAUAAAUACAAAUUUUGGUUUUCCAUAACACGACAUGGGAAGGUGGCUGCAAUAUCCUCCUAUUGGGUGAACAGGAUUUUGUCAUACAUCUUUCUCUAUUGAGAAAUAUUGGGGAGUGAGGAAGGUGAUAAAACUGUUACCAUUGGAUAGGUUGCUACAAACAAUGCAGGGGCAGACUUGGUAAAUUAUUUUGUGUAUUCAUCCAUGAUUAGUUCUGUAUGAAGCUUGGCAAAGCUAUACAGAUAUACCUCAAUUAAGAAAAUUUUCUGGCCAUUAUUUUUAAGAGACAUUUUUGUACAAAAGACAGAAAUAAUAUAGGGAAAAUAGAGAAUAAUUUCAUAUUUCCAGCCAACUUUGAUUCAAAACUACAACAUGAAAUGAAAUAAUCAGGUCAGGUAAGUCUUGAAAAAAUAUCCCUUACUCAAUUUUUUUCAGACCUGAAGUGUGUGUGUUUGUGUGUUCACGCACACAUAAACACAUACAUACAAUAUACACAGUAUACACACAUAUAUUCACAUACAUACAUACAUACAUACAUACAUACAUACAUGGAUUCUGGAAGACCUCAAUUUCCAUAUUUGUAACAGGAUGGGGCCCAAGUCUAAACAUGAAAUUCAUUUGUUUCAUAUACCCGUAUAUACACAUUAUCUGAAGGUAAUUUUAUACAUUUUAAAUAAUGUUUUGUUUGUAUGCACUGGUCCAUUAGAAAGCAAAAAUGUCACUAUCUAGCUACCCAUGUGGAUAAUUUCAGAUUUUGGAGGAUUUGGGAUUUCAGAAUUUCACAUAAUGGAUACUCAAUCUGUACAUUAAAACAUUUUGAAGCUUCUGGAGGCCACCCAGAUAUUAUUUUUUCUUUCCCUAGGCUCUAUUUUUCUUAGGAUUUCAUUUUUGUUAGCAAACAUUCCCAUAUUUAUUAGAGUAUAAUGCACCAUUGAAUGUAAUACGCACCUCAAUUUUGUAGGUGUGCAUUACAAAAAAAAGAAUUUGGUGUUGAAUGUAACGUGAGGUGUGCGUGGCCACAAAUCGGUUGGUGGGAAUCCGUAGCCCUCUGUCAGGCCUUCCCACAAGCCUUUUCACUGCAACCAUCCACUUCACACCAUCUUUUUCAUGACCCCACUGCCUCUGCCUCUUCCGUCCCCAGCUGGGAUCUCUUGCCCAUUGAAUCUAAUGUGCACCUCAAUUUUAGUGAUGUAAUUUAGUCAAAAAUGGUGAGCGGUAGACUCGAGUAAAUCUGGUAUUAAGUGUAGCCAUUGAGGCAAUCUUACAUGCUCUCCCCUUUUCUCUUUUUUACCAGUUCAAUUUAUUUUUGCAUUGUUUGUGGUAGGUAAACUGUAAAACCCACCACUGAGAGUCUGUGUUUCUCCAGCCUUCCUUCCUCAUCUUCUCCAUGCCAUUGCUGGGCCUGAGCAGGCAUAAAAAGUCUUUGUCAAAAAGCGCUUCUUUGUCAGGAGCUUUGUUUAAUUGAGGUAUGCCUGUAUUUUGUGGACUAAUCUUACAUGCUCUCCCCUUUUCUCUUUUUUACCAGUUCAAUUUAUUUUUGCAUUGUUUGUGGUAGGUAAACUGUAAAACCCACCACUGAGAGUCUGUGUUUCUCCAGCCUUCCUUCCUCAUCUUCUCCAUGCCAUUGCUGGGCCUGAGCAGGCAUAAAAAGUCUUUGUCAAAAAGCGCUUCUUUGUCAGGAGCUUUGUUUAAUUGAGGUAUGCCUGUAUUUUGUGGACUAAACUGGCCAUGUUUUGUCAUCAUGCUAGUGGGUGGGGAGAAUGGGAGCUGUUGUCAAAAAAAAUCAUUCUUCCGUACUUUGAUUUAAUAUGGUGUUGUAUUUAUGUUGUGCUACAACUUGGGGCUUCCUGAUUCUUGUCAUGUUUAACAACCCUGGAAAAAAAUAGUUAUAUUUUAAAUAAUGUCAUUUGAAUUGACAUUUUAAUCAUUCAAAUGGCAUAUCCAUCCUUGAUCUCUUCAGUUCAUUGGGGUUGUCCCUAUCACAUUGCUUUCUCAUUCAUUUGUUCACUGCCUCAGCUAUUUGAGAUGUCUUUGUACAUGAAGAUCAAUUCCAUGUUCAUUCAUAAUGGCCGAGCUCCUGCAUUACAGGCUAUUAUGCAUAGCUUUGUGAUGGCAAAGCUACGUUGCUGACACAUAUGCAACCAUGUUAGAGAAUUGCAGUAUUACGCAAUGAGGUAUUGAACAAGAUUUCCUGUUGUGAAACAUCAGUCCCCAGUAAAGGUGUACAUUUAUUAUUCAUGGUGCUCCAUGAAAGGUGAAGGCAUUUUUCCUGCUGGGCCCAGGACAUCGGCACUUUCCCUUGCUCUCUGUUCUGGAUUACCUAUGCCCCAUGGAUCUGUUAGGGCAGUGGUUCCUUAACUGUGGGUCCCCAGAUGUUUUGGCCUUCAACUCCAAGAAAGCCUAACAGCUGGUAAAUUGGAUGGGAUUUCUGUGAGUUGUAGGCCAAAACACCAGGGGACCCACAGGUUGAAAACCGCUAUGUUAGGGGCCCUGCCGCCCUUCCUUACUCUGCCAUUGCACUAGAGUAGUGGUUCUCAACCUGGGGUCCCCAGAUGUUUUUGGCCUAGAAAUCCCAGCCAGUUUACCAGCUGUUAGGAUUUCUGAAAGCUGAAGGACAAAAACAUCUGGGGACCCCAGGUUGAGAACCACUGCACUGGAGAAACCUGUCCUAGAACACGCAUCACAUAUUUUGACUGUUGUAAAAGAGCCACACUGUUUACCCCACUUCUUCAGUGAUCCCAGUGGUAAAGCUAGGAUAAUACUCCCCUUCUGGAAAUAUGACUGUUGUAAAACACCACACUUCUAAAGUGCACAGCAAUAAAUUGAUUAACAAUCUUGUAAACUCUUUACAGGAAGUCAGCCAUUAUUUUCAUCUAAUGAAAAUGGAAUAUAAUCUCAAAAUAGGAUUGUGAAGUUCCAGAAUCCCAAACCAUCCAAAUUUAGCUGCUGCUAAUAGAAAUUAUGUUAUAUCACAAUAAACAAUGAUUUUUGAAAUGCAGAUAGCAUCUAGGAGAGCAGCAUGGAUAGAUGUAAGGGGGCAUGUUCAUUCAAAGGGAAAUGAAAAAAAAAUUCUUGAUAAUAAUGGAUAAGGAGGUAUGGGUGAAAGUCCAGAAAGAAGAAUAAGAUGUGGCUUACACAGGCCCGUUGUCCUAUAUGUAUAUGAGUGCUGAAUAAGAAACAACAUUUGUAAAGUAUAUUCACCCCUGUUCUUGCCCCACCAUAGAAACAGAACAUAAUCAAAAUUAAAAUGGAUAGUCUAUGAGUUUGGCAUAAAGUUUAAAAUGGAGCAAGGGCAGGCAUGCAGACAUUAUCGGCAUGCUGCCACACAGUGAAAAUAGGCUAUUCUGGUAUGCAUAGAUAUUGGUGUACAGCCUUAAACAUGAAAUUAUGGAUGGAUAAUAUUUUUCUCAAAAAAUAAACCAAACGGGCAUGAUGUAAUUAUACUGUGUUCUCAGUUGAAGUAGCCGAGAGACCAAAAUUACUGGUUAUCUAAUGCAUCCAUCUCAGAUACCUCCAAUUGGAAAUUGGUAGGGUUUGACAGACACCUCCAUUUAGAAAUUGAUAGGAUGGUCUAAUCCAGUGGUUCUCAACCUGUGGGUCCCCAGGUGUUUUGGCCGACAACUCCCAGAAAUCCCAGCCAGUUUGCCAGCUGUUAGAAUUUCUGGGAGUUGAAGGCCAAAAUAUCUGGGGACCCAUAGGUUGAAAACCACUGGUCUAAUCAUUUCAGCAAGCUUGAUGUCUGAAGUCUGUCAGGAUAUGGUGUUUAGUCUCUGAUGCCAACACUGAGAGUUGUACACAUAUGUUCGCAGGCUGUGAAGAAGCAGAACUGAAGGAACCCCAAAUUGUACUAUGUGUGCUUUCUCAGUGGAGCAUCAUUGAAAUGUGAUGAGCAAAGACAAAACAACAGAGAUUCUAAGAUGCAUUGUCGUGCAUAGAGUUUCUUCAUUGGUUUUGCUUGCUGUGUGGAUCUAGGUCUUUGGGCCUUAGCAUUAGUGCAUGUUGAGCAUCUUCAAGUCAAUGGGAAAUUGAUGGUGUCCAGAAAGAAAUGCUUGAUUUGAUGGGACAUACGGGGAAAAGCUGAAUUGCAAACGUUGAGUCUGAAUUGCCUUCACGUGGGUAAGGCCUCCAGUUCUGGGAUUUUGAUUGAGAACCAGCUCCAUAAAAGAGCUUAGCUGUGCUUCAGGUGUCUCUGGAAGGGGCCCUGUGGCUUGCGUUACAGCAAUAAAACACAGUUCAAGGUAGCAUUGACAGGUUGCAGAUUUUAUUACCUGUGUGUUUUAAAGCAAGUCUGGAAGUUCUCUAGUGAGGUCAGCGUCAGGUCCGUCCGAUUAAAUUGCCUCCUGUUUUGGGUCAUUCAGAAAUGGGCCUGGAAGGGAAUACUCUCUCAAUCUCUCUGUUUUUAGAUGGGUCUCUGAGCUCCUGAGUUGCUAUGAAUCAAUGCAACGCUUAUUUAAGAAAAAGAAUGUCUUUCUAUGUAUGUAAAUGUACCUUUUGUGUAUAUUUAUUAGAAUUUCUUGUAUAAAAAGUGCAAUAUGAAUCAUUGUACAUUAUGCUGUCUGUCCAGAUGAAAAUUAUUUGGGGGAGCACUUUUCUUUUGUCCCUUGGUUUUGCCCCUUUUUUAUAGUAUCAGUGAUAUAAUGUAUCCUUCCUUAUUUUUUAACAGCACUUGUGUUUAUUUUUUAUUUCAUUGCAUACAGAAUCAGUUGUAACAUUGAGGGUGGGGUUGAAGAGGGAUUUUAAAGUGCCAGACAAGUAGUUAGAAACAAAACAGAGGUGUAUAUUACUGACUAGUCUAUAUGGGAUUCAUCUAUGUUGUAGAAGGAAUGCAGUUUGACACUGUUUUUACUGCUAUGUCUCAAUGCUAUGGGAACAUGGAGGCUGUAGUUUUAGUCUUUAGCCCUUCCUUCCACUUCAAAUCCCAUGAUUUUGUAGCAUUGAGCCUUGACAAUUGAAAUGGUGCCAAACUGCAUUAAUUCUGCCAUGUAGAUGCACCCGCGAUGACUGUUUUUCUGAGAAAAAUUAUUAACAUGUUUAGCAGAAUUCAAUAAUUAAAAUCAUUGGGAGAACCGGUGUUUUGAUAUUCACUCCUGAAUAAGUUUAUUCUGCUUGGGAAAUACACAAGGCUCUCAUGCAAGCUGGUUUCCUGUUUCAGUUCAGGGAUGCUCAGUGUAUAGGCCACUGUUGUUUUCUCAAUGCAUAUGUCUAGAGACACUCAAAAGGCUCCAAAUGGAUAUAAGAGGGCUUCAUGCCCUAGGCCUUUUCACACAACUCAAUUACAGCACUAUGAUUCUGCUUUAAUUGUCAUGGCAGCAUCUUAUAGAAUCUUGAGAUUUGUCGUUUAGAGUAGACUUUUCAGUGCACCUGAUCAAACUACAAAUCCCAGCAUUCUCCUUCUUUGAGGGUUUUUAAACAGUCUAAAUGACCAUCUGUUGGGAGUUCUUUGGUUUUGUGUUUCCACAUGACUGGAUGGCCCUUGGUAUCUUGUCCAACUCAUAGAUUGUAUAGGAUGCAGCCAUGGCAAGUAAAGUGGCAUCAUAGCGGCAUAAUGUGAAAGGAGUCUCUGGUCUGGAAUAAAACAACAUCGUCAAAUUCCCACUGAAAUCAGUGGCCGCAGGGCUGUUUUCCACAGUGCCAAGUUGCACCCAUGGGCUGACUAGGCCACUCUGCAUCACGUCCCACCAAGACUGGCAUGUUUGGAACUAACUGUACAAAGGCUUGCAGCCUAUGAAUGUAAUUUCAAAUGUUUGUCUGAUGAAUUGUAACCUGGUAGCAUCAGUGUAACUCUCUUUAAGUUUAACAAAAUAUUACAGGAGGCCGCUUCCCUCCCCCUUAAAAAAAAAGAACUUGUUUAUAUAAAAAGAUUUUGUACAAAUAAUGCAUCUAUUUAUUUAA